AUGAAACUUGGACUUUUCUUUGCAGUUUCAUCAUCAAUCAAGCAAGUACAAAGCCAAGCCGGAACCGACUACCAAACAGAUUUCGAUGAUUUCGGCAAUUACGGCGACGAGGAGCUUGGUUCUGGAUUUUUACAAGAUUCGAUGAUCAACAAGCGUCUCGCACCUGGCUCAAAUGUCAACCCCUUUUUUAACCUUAUCCAAGAAUCGGACAAGGACACGGGCAAUAUUAUGGAAAGGGCUAGUUUCCGGGAGCUUCUUGAGCAAAAUAAAAAUCUCUUCGCAUCAUCCCAAAAUCGACUCCAAAAUCGUCCAAAGAAAAACCGUCGUGAGAAGAAAGACAAAAGAAAGCGCAAAGAGAAAGUUAUGGAACCCAUCAUUGUGAAUGAAUACGGAAUUGCCACAAAUUAUGUAGAAUCUCCCUCUGAAAAAAUGUCAGACUUCCAAGGGCGGCUAGAAGGAUUCAACAUCAAUAAAUAUAGCGACUCGCCGAUUGUUCAAAAAAUUCGACAGGCGACCAUUGCCAAAGAAGUGACGAUUUCAGACAGGAAUCGCGAGCCUGGCGCUGGACUCAGCUCGAUUAACUCUGGAAAAACAGGAGAAAUCGGCAGCGAAGAACAAGCGAAUGCAAAGAAACUAGAAGUGAUUAUGAAAAUGACGAUGUUUCUCCAAGCCGAUCCGAACUUCGAGAAAGUGUACAAAUACGGCUGCUGGUGCUUCCGAAACGGUGAGAAAUCUGUUUUAGGUGGAAGUGGCAACACUAUCGAUGGAGCAGAUAGAGCUUGCAAGGCGUACCAGCAGUGCCACAAAUGCAUGGACAAUGACUACAACGAUUGCCCAGCUUGGGUGCCCUAUCGCUUCGAAGGUAAAAUAAACGAUGAUGGAAGAAAGACGAUCACAUGCCUGAAUCAAGAAGGAAGUUGCCGUCGAAAUCACUGUGAGUGCGACAAAAAACUCGCCGAAGAUCUCGCUCUUCAUGAAAUGACCUUGAAUCCUUUGAACAGACGAGAUUUUGGAUUUGAGCCGGAGCAAGCUUGCAAAAAAGCUGAUUCAAGAAGCAUUUCCACCAGCCAUGCGACGGAGACAAGUUGCUGUGGUGUUUAUCCGAACAGAUUUCCAUUCGUCUCGAACCGAAAUCAAGGAGAAUCCCUCCGAAAAUGCUGCUUGAACAAAACCUACGAUCCAAGAAAACUCGCCUGCUGCCCCGGCCACGAAGUGAAAAACCACGGAACUUGUGGGGUUUAA